GGGGGAGGAGGGAGAUGCAGCCGCCGAGGCAUUUUUGGUGCGGAUGGCUGCAGCUGGCACGCAUCCAGCGCGAGCCUUCAGGCCCUGUGCUGUCAGGCGGGCAGAGGCUGAAAUACUGGCAGCAGAAAGUUCAGCUCUGCCCAGCAGGGAGAAGAGCUGCAAGGCGAGGGAAGGAACUUUUGCAAGGUGUUUCUGCCUCUGUCUGGCUGGCAGCUGGGGCUGGCAACAGCUAUGCUGUGCAUUUCAGUUCUAAGAGAGAAGGAGGAAUUAUAUUUGUUGAUAUAAUGUUGUUAUCAUGUAGUGAUCAAAUAGUGGCUCAGAACAUGCUCAGUUUUGCCCCGGCUGUUGAAGCAGGGCUCUGCUAUCGGUUCUUUCAGUCCCCUUUUUGAGACAGAUCUAUGGUGGUUAAUCUGUUUUAGCCAGAGCGUUACCUGUUGUGUUGUGCAUUGCCUUCCUGUGCAGGGCGUUGUGAGCAAGGCCAGGCUGAAGAAGGGAGCUGAGGGAAGAAGCUGGAGGUGGGGGGAAGAGGGAGGAGGGGUGAGCAGGAUGCGUCUCUCCUCAUCCACCCUACAGUCACUCAUGUUUGCAUCAGCCAUAGCAGGUGGGAAAGGCAGUUACACUGGUACAAUCCCAGUGACAUUCACUUCCAUUUGUAUAUUAUGUGUGCUUCAUUUCUGUGCAUGACCAUGGAUGAGAGAUCUGAGUUUUUGUUGUUAGAAUUUGUGGAGAAUGGUGCCUCACUGGAGGCAUUAGAACAGGCAGUAGACUCAUUAACUGCUCACUUAGAAGAAAAACUGGGCUGUGAACCCACAAAAGUGCAAGGACCAGGUUUGUUGGUAAAAUUCCUGGAUGUAAUUUGGUCAGUGCGAUAACAGACGAUGUUCAGGUGUUCCCAGGUCCCUACCAGGCCAUAGCAGCUGCAGGAAUUUGGGGGUAUAUUGAGAUACUGUUGUUCCUUUAUACCCCACCUAGCGCAGCUGCUGCGGCCUUUGUGUCUGCUCACAAAGAAAGGCCAAGAAUGGGACUGGAGGUGAAGGGAAGAACAGGCAUUCCAGCAAGCAAAACCAGCUGUUAAACAGGCCCAGGCACUGGUUAUAUUUGGUCCCACUCUUUCAGCUGAACCAGAUGCAUGCAACUCAAGAUGGGUUUGGCUAGCGUCUAUGGCAGUGCCAAAAUUCCGCUUGAAUCCAAGUUGGGUUCUGGUCUGAAGUUUGUUACAGAGCAGAAGAAAGGCAUCAUGUGCUGGCCACGUGUGUAUAGCGUUCAAGUGGAAAGAACCCUGCAGAUAGAAGCACUGGGGGAGAGAGAAGUGUCCUUUGAAGCGUUUGACUCCCUGCUGGCAGUGCCUAUCGCAUCCAACACCAGCAUGGUCCUUCUCCUUUUCAGUGGUUUGGCCUCUCUCAGCAGUUGGUACUGCAAUUCUGGAAGCAAUGUUCGGGUUACCUUGGCUAAUGCAACCGGACAAGAUACGCUAUGUCCAUGGCCAUAAAUGCCAGGACUUUGAUGGACUCUGCUGCAUGAAACUUUUGGACCAUUCCUAAUCCAUUCCAAACCUAGAUGAGUUAAGGGAUCUCGCUGAUCAGCUGCAGGAGUCCUUGGGAUGGAAUCCUUUUUCAGCCUGGGACUGGGGAUGAGGACUGCAGGAAAAGGUAAUACAGGUAGGCUGUAUCUUGGACCUGUAUUUCCUCACUCUUCUGUGCAAUAUUUCACGCUUCUUGCAACUUGUACAACAAGCUGUGCAAAGUGCUUUUUGUGGACUUGCAGUAAAAGUAGUGCAUAUUCCAAACCAGGAACAUGCAGCGGCAUGUGCCAGGGAUCUGAAGGUUCUGACCAAAGAAUGCUCCUGAAUUGGAACAAAGGACUCCGGGAAAGUGCUUACAGCUGACUUAGCUUGUUUUGCAAGAAGCUGACCUUGCAGGUUUACACUGUUUUGCAAGAAGCUGAACUUGUUUUGCAGGAAGUUGCUCUGCUGUGCCUCUGUAUCCUAUGCUGGCCACGCAGCUGCAGUGUCCAAGUAAAAAAGCCCUGCAGACACUGGGAGAGAAUAAAAAGAGGAGGGAGGUUGCAGUGGAUCCCGGGAGGACAAGUGCACCUUGAAACGGGGGAUGCACCAUGGGCAAUACCUAGUGAAACCACCGCAGGCAUGUUCCAUCUCAUCCUCCUGCUCAGCACUGUGUCCAUCUCUAGGAGGUCGGUAAGUCAUUUUUACCUGCUUGGGGAACUUCUGCUUGCUGCAUACAGAGUUAUCUAAGUGUAUGAAUGUGUGCGUGUGUCAAAUAAAACUUAUGAUUCUCAGA